AUGAGCUCGGCGCCUGUUGUCUUGUGCCAGAGCACAAAGUGUCCGCGAGGCAACCCACCGUCGCGACUCGAAUGCCCAACUUGCAACAAGCUUGGAGUUCGCGGAUCCUUUUUCUGUGGUCAGGAAUGUUUCAAGGCGGAUUAUGGUACCUUCAAUCCCUUCCAAAACUACCCCUUUUCGGGAACUCUAAGACCUGUAUAUCCACUUUCACCAAAACGGGAGGUCCCCGCACAUAUACCAAGGCCGGACUAUGCACUUCGCGAAGACGGAGUCCCCAUAUCCGAAAUGCGCACGCUGGGGAAUCCUCCGCGCGUUCUUGAUGCGGAUGAGAUUCAAAAAAUGCGAACAGCAUGUAGACUGGGAAGAGAAGUCCUUGAUCUUGCUGCGUCACAUAUACGUCCUGGAAUCACUACGGAUGAACUGGAUUCUAUCGUUCAUCAAGCCACAAUCGACAGAAAUGCAUACCCAUCUCCGCUGAAUUACCGCAAAUUUCCCAAGUCUGUGUGCACGUCUGUAAAUGAAGUCAUAUGUCAUGGCAUCCCAGACCAGCGGAAAUUGAAGGAAGGGGACAUUAUCAAUCUUGACAUUUCACUGUAUUACGACGGUUUCCACAGUGACCUCAACGCAACUUAUCCUGUCGGAAAUAUAGACGAAGACUCUGCCAAGUUAAUUCGCACCACUCGUGAAUGCCUCGAUGCAGCAAUUAAAAUGUGCAAGCCCGGUGCACUGUUUCGUGACAUCGGCAAAGCCAUUGAACCUAUUGCACGAGCGAAUGGCUGCGCUGUAGUACGCACUUACACUGGUCACGGUGUAAACAACCUGUUUCACACCGCUCCUAAUAUUCCCCAUUACGCAAAAAACAAGGCUGUUGGGUCGAUGAAGCCUGGCAUGUGCUUUACUAUUGAACCUAUGAUCAAUCUGGGAGGUAAUUGGGACGUUCAGCAUUGGGAUGAUUCCUGGACAGCAACUACCAUCGAUGGAAAGAGAAGUGCCCAGUUCGAGGAAACCCUCCUCAUAACCGUGAGCGGUGUGGAAGUUCUUACUGCAGAGGGCGAUAGCACGAAAUCUUAUUAA